AUGGAACAACACACCCGCCAGCGGCCACGGCUGAAGAAUGGCGUCGAUAUGCAGCUGCAGGCGGCGUUUGCUGAGCAGAACUGGACGACCGUGAUCCGCCUCGCCGACAAGCGCCACAAGGCCAGCAAGGACCCGUAUUACGAAGUGGUCAAGGUGUGCGCAGAGACCCAGGUCGACGGCGUGGUGGACAAGGCCGCAGCAGCCGUGCUGGUGGACAACUGGGUGCGCAGCGGCGCGGUGCCCAAGGAUCUGGAGUCCAUCGAGUUGCUAGAGUGGGCCUGCGACAGCGACGGGGACAUGAGCGACUAUAGCACCACGUUUGGUGUUCUGCACGCUCGUUGGGUCAAGGCAAACCCGCGCAACGUGGCGGCAGCAACGGCGAGUCUGCGGGCGUGCCUGCAGGCAUGGGACCUGGCGAACGCACAACAGAUUGCCACGAUCCUCGACAAGUCGUCCCACACACACGACCGGCGGUAUAUGUUCUGGGGUAUCCUGUUGACGCAUUUGCUUGCGGGCGACGUGGCACAAGCCGAGUCGAAGCGCAAGAUCUACGGAAUGCUAGCACAGAAACAGCUGGAAAAGGCGGCCGAGGCAGCCGAGGCAGCGGCGUCCACAGCCAAAAUCAUCGACAACAAGAACAAGGUCAGCGAGGCAGAUCGCAGCCUGCAUACUGAGGAGGAAUUUUUGUUAUACCUGCGGGUGGUGGCGACGCACGGCACGGCCGACAACUACACGCAGAGGGCACUACAUAAAACGGCAGGUGCCGCGGCACAACUUUUGGCGGCCGGGCGCAAGCAGCUUUUCGACGAGGUGCUGGAGCAACUGGAGACACUCAAGCGCUGGGACUCUGUGUUUGACCUCUGCCGUCAGGCCCUCUCUAUGUCGACGGGCGACAACAAUGACCAGCCCUCGACUGUGGCCUGCGACGUGCGCGUCUGGAACAGCUUUAUUGCUGCGGCGCAAAAGAGCGACAAUCCUGAGGCCGCCUUUGACACUGUGCAAUCCCUGCUCUUCAUCACAGCGAGGUCCCCAAAACUGCCCCAGAUGUACACCAAGAACGUCGGCCUCGCCCUGUUGCAAACGACUUUUGGCCUUCCACCAGCAUUGUUGCCAGAGCCGGCCGCCGGACAGUCGUCGCUGCAGGUCGAGCAGUUGUUGACAUUUAUCGAGGCCAACCUAGACAAGGUGUCCCUCUUUGACGAUAUACGGCUCUUUACUGAGCGUCUUUCCUUUGCACAGGCACAAGACCUCAUCAACCGACUCACGGAUACGACACCCUCCACGACCCUCCGCAAGGUUCUUGUCUUCAAGCUGCGCUACCUUCUCACAACAUGCCCCGAGACACGCUGUCCGCGCUCUGUUCUUUAUAACCAGACAGAGGCCGACGCCGACGCGGCCCUCCUGCGCGGUGACGGUGGUCUGCGCUUGUUUGAGCUUGCGUGCAAGGUCUGUCGCAAUGCGGCGCCUGCUUCGUACGGGUGCACGCACUGUUUGCAAGAACUGGUCAUAGGAAGCCUGCAGCUUCACCGCACACUGUCCGACGAUGCCGACUUUAUCGCAGCCGUGCCCAAAAUGGACAAGGACCCUCGCAUCGAUCUUGCGCUCGUGGCUGGCAGCAGUCUUCUUCGCCUAGCAGGCGACGUUGGCGCCGACAAGGGCGUUGACACCAGUAGCCUCCUCCAGGCCGCCCUUGUUCUCGACGCCCAGCAGCGCCAGACUCCCGAUGAUAUCACGCUCCGCCUGCUCCUCAUCCGUGUCUUCCUCCGUCUCGGCUGUGGAAGCCAUGCACAUCAGCUCUGGCAGCCACUUGGCGUCAAGCGGAGUAUCCUGGAUGCCCUUGGUCCUCUCUUUUACGACCGUCUGUCAACGGUGGCGCCCGGCCUGUUUACCGGAAGCAGCACGCCUAAGAAGCCGCUGUUGAUGGACCCACUCAAGCAGUAUUUUUCCACUGUCCUGCGCCACCCGUCGGCUGUCCGCAUCUGGGACGCCUUCGCCGCAGGCAGCUACAGUAGCAUUCUCGACAUGGCCGCUUACCAUGGACAGCUGCAGCGCAGCUGCACACGGGUCAUGACGGUUGUCGAGGAGCGACGCGCGGCACGCGCGCUCGGCGGUCGCCUUGACGAUGGUCUCCUUGACGACCUUGCCAGUGACCUUGCCCGCGACGAUGCACCCCUGCACAAUUCCACCGACUAUGGCGCUCUCCCUAACCUUGAGAGCUCGUUUGGGGCGCCGCUUGCUGAGAAGGUGUCCCUUGGCCCGGGUCUUUCCGAUAUGCGCAUGCAGCUGUCGCUGCUGGCCGAGCGGUACCUCGAGGUGAUCUCCUUCAAGCCGGCCAAGGAGUACAAACCGGCCAAGGCCGCCGAAGCUGCCGCCCGUGACAAGGCAUACUUGCUCGAGUCGCUCGCACGCAUCCAGUUUUCUCUGGACGACCUGCUGCAUGCCUCUGCCCAGCCGGCUGCACAUCUCACCGCAGGCGAGUGGGCGUAUUACACGGCUGUGUCAGUGCUCGUGUCGUUUGCGACUUUCAGCCUCGGCAACACGACCGGAGAUGCCACCGCAACGGCGCCGCCCAUCUUCUCGUUGCUAACCGAGUCGCUGACGACGGCCGUGGACCUUCUUCGCAAGUCGGCUCUGCCACCUACUCCGUCCUCUCCUACCACGUCCGCGCUCCUUCGCACCUUUACCGAUAUCCACAGCCUUGGCAUGCUGCGCGAGACUGCCGUUGCCGUGAAGCAUACCGGUGCCUUCCUGGGCGCCUUCCACGACAAAGAGAAUGCUCGUGACCGAACCGGCAAGUCUGGCCUCGGUAAGGAGGCACUCGCUGGCGCUGCUGCUUUUAAAACGCUUUCGGCGCGCCUGCUCGCCGACAUUAAGACACACGUCAAGGCCUGCAAGGACACGCUGGGUGCGCCCGGUUGGCUGGACCGUCUGAGCGAGACAGUGAGCCAACCUGGCGACGGUGAAGGAGAGGACGAGCUAACAAAGGCCGUCGUGGUCGCCGUUGGUGGGUCGGCUGCGGUUGAGGACUGGGCCGGCCACCUGCUAGACGGCUGGCGAGAGACCAUCCGUGGUUUGGGACAAGUUCAGUUAGACUAG